GUUGCAUACAGCUAAGUUGAAGCCACUUGAAGCUACUCAGCACACUCCGUCGACUUUCACUACAAUGUCCACAGCACAUAGACCGACAUGGGAUCCUGCUCAAGCUCGCGAUGUUAAAGGUGGCUCUCGCCAGUUCUCUGUCCGAGACAUGGCUGCACACACGAAGCUCAAAUUCCGGCAAGCUGGACAAACGUCCGUUGGGGACGUCGCACGGAGAGACUUACGCGCGGAGCUACUAACAGCGGAGGAAGAAGCACGGAACAAGAAGCGAAAAGCAGAGGGGAAACCACCGCUACCGCUCACAAAUGGAAACGCGACGGAGGCAGCGGGGGAUGAAGUCAACAAGAGGAGGAAGUUAUUGGAGGAAGCUCUGGAGCUGGAUAAGGACGACGACGACGAUGAUGAGAAAGAGGAAGGUACUGAGUCUAGAGGGCAGGAGAAUGGGGAAGAGCAGGACGAGGAAAGCGAAGAAGAGUCGGAUGAGGAAGAUGAGACCGCUGAGUUGAUGCGUGAGUUGGAGAAGAUUAAGAAAGAACGGGCAGAAGAGAAAGCCCGUCAAGAGCGUGAACAGAACGCGAGUGCUGCAGUGGCACGAGAAGCCGAGAUAGCUACCUCGAAUCCUCUCCUUAAUCUUGCUGCAGCAUUAGGCCAGUCACCUGGCAUAAAUACAACUGUACCAGGGACUUUCUCCGUGAAACGGAGAUGGGAUGAUGACUUAAUAUUUAAGAAUCAGGCGGCGAAUCAGAAAGACAAAUCUGGCCAGUUCGUCAACGACCUGCUACGGACAGAAUUCCACAAAAAAUUCAUGGCGAAGUUCAUCAAAUAA